UAUCUAGUUAAGUAAUUCAAGUGCUGUUUUAUAAAAAUGAACCAUGGUGAAUGUUAUGAAAGGCGUUCUCGUCGAAUGUGAUCCGGCUAUGAAACAGUUCCUUCUUCACCUGGACGAGACCUUAGCUCUGGGCAGAAAGUUUAUUCUUCAAGACCUGGAUGAAACACAUCUAUUUAUAUCUGCAGAUAUAGUGGAAACUCUGCAAGCUCGAGUGGAUGAUUUAAUGGACCAACUUAGUAUACCAGUACAUGACAAGGGACUGUAAAGAUGGCUACCCACGGAAGAGGUAAUAGGGAAACAGAGAGGAGGAAGAUCCUAGACGAUGCGGCAAGGAAACGCAGAGCUAGAAAAGCCGUUGAGGCCCUCGAACAAGACAAUUUCCAUGAAGACCCACAUGCUGACCUGGUUAUGUCGAAGAAGGUGCCGAAAUUCGCAGAAACUAACGAGAAGCCUACCAGAAAGAAGAAGACCAAAAGUGCUGAGUACUAUAAAAUGCGAUUUCGUAAGACAUUUGCGCAGUUAGUCGAAGAAGAUGCGAGUUUUAGACCUGACCCGCCCAACUACCUGUCUGCACAAGUGCCACCUUCUAAAUUUCCCGAUCGACAUUUCUGUGCUGUAUGUGGUUUUCCAUCGAAUUACACUUGCAUACCUUGUGGAGCUCGUUACUGUUGCGUUCGCUGCUUGGGAACACACUUAGACACGAGGUGCCUCAAAUGGACAGCUUAAUUCUUGC